AUGAUGGUAACCGUCUUGUCAUGCUCCUAUCCGCCUCCUUUUUGGCAACUCCAUCUUCAUGAAGAAAGAACACCGGCGGACAUGGGAGUCACCCAACGGUACAACUCGCGCGGAUUGACCACAUUUUCACCAAUCAAAAGUAGAGCUUACUGGACGUCUAAUACCAUCCUUCAGCAGUGGCGAGAAAGCGAUUCGAAAGCUGGAAAAGAAGAUCUUUCACCGUUGAACGAAGGAGAGAAGUUGUAUAUGCGGCGUCAGAUUGGAGUAGCUCCUGACCACUUGUGA